AUGGAUCAAAAAGACAUGGACAUUUUGGAUGGCUUCGGUUUAAGCUUAUCCUUAUUUUCCGUAUUUGAGAAAUGCUUGAAAGAGGUACGAGCAUGGAGUGCAAUAAACCUGCAUCAGAUUGUAGGUUACCCGUUUAGGCCUAUGGCCGUAGAAACAAUGUAUCAUUUGAGUUGGCAGGAUUACAGCGGGCAUGACAAAAAACCAGUGAUGUUGGACUUCUUCUUACUUGAUGGGAUGACAGCCAGUCUAUUUCUCCACUACAAAACACUCGGACUUAUUUUGUCAUUUUACUGUGUUUGGAUGAAUGAUGGACAGUAG